AUGGCUCUGAUCUUCGGCCUGACAGCCUUGGAGGUGAACACCCAGCUCAUAUUGAGCGUGUGCAUUAUCAGCACCAUGGUUGCAGACAUGAUGGAUCAGCCCUAUGCCAGGUCCUUGGUGCAGUGUGAUGUCCCCGUGAACACGACGGAAGGUGCUGAGUUCUCCGGCUCGAAGCUGUGUGGGAAUCGAUUGCAUGUGAUUGGCGUAGGGGCGGAGGUGUCUGGAUGGGGGCAGAGCUUUGGCAAUGCCGGCCGCCUUUUCAUCACCCUCUUCUUGAGCGGCUUGGCAGAUUACGGGCGGAGGCGUGCGGCUUUGCUGGGCCAGUUCCUGGCCACCUUGUCUGCUGUCCUCUUUGCUUCGGCUCAGUUCUUGCCCACAAGCCUGAGCUUUCCGUCUUACAUCCUCGGGAAGGGCCUGCAAGGAAUGAGUGGCCUUGGCAUCUUGCAGGAGAUCAUCACCGGGGAUGUGGCGCUUCAGCUCAACGACACGGUGGCUGUCUAUGGUCGACGGCAGGUUCUUCACAGCUGCAUCCUUGUGAUGAUCGUUCCCAUCAACUUGUAUGUGCAGUGGGUGGAGAUGACAGACUUCACCUACAUUUCGGCUGUGGUGGUGGUCUUGAACCUCUCGGCCCUGACUUUGUUGAGUCUCUUCUUCCCGGAGACGCUGACUUCCAAGAAGGAGAAGAAGGACAUCCGGCAAUUCUCCAUCCUAGGGCUGGUCAAGGAUGAGAUACAAAACUUUCGCAGCCUCAUCCAGAGCCAUGACUACAUCAGCUUAAGGAUGGCGGAGGAGGUGGUGAGCAAGAUGGCUGCCCUGGAUGCCAUUGGCCUAGCCUUUCUGAUGGCGAACUUCAACUUCUCCCAAUUUGAUGCGCUGGUCUUCACCAGUCUGCCCGCGAUCCUUGGAGGUGUCUCCUUGAGUUGGGUCGUGCCCAGGAUGUGCAGACAGUUUGGGCACAAGAUAGUGAUGAAGUCCUGCAUCCUCUACUACCGGCUUUCUGGGUGCAUCCUUGCCUUCCUCCAGCCUUUCAGUUUCCUAGGCAUCCCAAUGCCUUUGAUCGGCUUGGCCUUGCACCUUCCGCUGUCUGGCAUACAAGCCGUGGGGCAGGGUAUUGAGAUCCGCCUGGUCCAACAGGAGAACAAUGCCAAGUUCCAGGCCAUGUGUCAGAUGCUGGGCUUCCUCUGCGGCUCCAUCACCAGCGGACUCUACCCCCAACUCUUCAACGCGGAGGCGAGCACCUACGGCGGGAAGGUUCUCCCCUACGCGGUCUCAGCUUUCAUCAACGCGCUCAGCAUCCCAGUGUUCCUGUUCUUAACUGGCCCCAUGAUGCUGGCAGAAUGCGAGAAGGUGGACAAAGAAGCGACUGCAAAGGCGCUCUAA